AGUUCGGACCGCCAACGUCCCACAAUCCUCUGCUCUCGGUUCCUCUUUCCUCGCUCAAGAUGGCGCUGCUCGCGAUACAUUCCUGGCGCUGGGCAGCUGCGGCGGCUGCUUUCGAAAAGCGCCGGCACGGUGUGAUUCUGAUCCGGCCUUUUGUCUCUAUCGGCGGCCCAGGUGCUCAGUGUAGGUCAAGUCAGCUCGGCGGCUCGGGAACUGCGCGGACCUCCCAGAUCUCAGAGUCAUUGAGACAUACCACAUGGCAGAGACUAGGAAAAGGCAAUUCAAGACAGUUAUUAGAUGCUACAAGGGCUGUCCAGGCAUGGCCACUGAUAGAAAAGAGGACAUGUUGGCAUGGUCAUGCAGGAGGAGGACUCCACACAGACCCGAAGGAAGGGUUAAAAGACGUUGAUACUCGGAAAAUCAUAAAAGCAAUGCUCUCUUAUGUAUGGCCCAAAGACAGGCCAGAUCUGCGAGCUAGGGUUGCCAUUUCCUUGGGAUUUUUGGGUGGAGCAAAGGCCAUGAAUAUUGUGGUUCCCUUCAUGUUUAAAUACGCUGUAGACAGCCUCAACCAGAUGUCGGGAAACAUGCUGAACCUGAGUGAUGCACCAAAUACAGUUGCAACCAUGGCAACGGCAGUUCUGAUUGGCUAUGGUGUGUCAAGAGCCGGAGCUGCCUUUUUUAAUGAAGUUCGAAAUGCAGUAUUUGGCAAGGUAGCCCAAAAUUCAAUCCGAAGGAUAGCCAAAAAUGUCUUUCUCCAUCUUCACAACCUGGAUCUGGCUUUCCACCUGAGCAGACAAACAGGAGCUUUAUCAAAGGCUAUUGACAGAGGGACAAGGGGUAUCAGUUUUGUCCUGAGUGCCUUAGUAUUUAAUCUUCUUCCCAUCAUGUUUGAGGUGACUCUUGUCAGUGGUGUUUUGUAUUAUAGAUGUGGUGCCCAGUUCGCAUUGGUGACCCUUGGGACACUUGGUGCAUACACAACAUUUACAGUUGCUGUCACACGGUGGAGAACUAGAUUUAGAAUAGAAAUGAACAAAGCAGAUAAUGAUGCGGGUAAUGCUGCCAUAGACUCGCUGCUGAACUAUGAAACUGUGAAGUAUUUUAAUAAUGAGAAUUAUGAAGCACAAAGAUAUGAUGGAUUUUUGAAGACAUAUGAGACUGCUUCAUUGAAAAGUACCUCUACUCUGGCUAUGCUGAACUUUGGUCAAAGUGCUAUUUUCAGUGUUGGUUUAACAGCCAUAAUGGUGCUUGCCAGUCAGGGAAUUGUGGCAGGUACCCUUACUGUUGGAGAUUUAGUAAUGGUGAAUGGACUACUUUUUCAGCUUUCAUUACCCCUUAACUUUCUGGGAACUGUUUACAGAGAAACUAGACAAGCACUUAUAGAUAUGAACACCUUGUUUACUCUACUCAAGGUAGACACCCGAAUUAAAGACAAAGCGAUGGCAUCUCCCCUUCACAUCACACCACAGACAGCUACGGUGGCCUUCGAAAAUGUACAUUUUGAAUACAUUGAAGGGCAGAAAGUCCUUAAUGGAAUAUCUUUUGAAGUCCCUGCAGGAAAGAAAGUGGCCAUUGUAGGAGGUAGUGGGUCAGGGAAAAGCACAAUAGUGAGGCUGUUGUUUCGCUUCUAUGAACCUCAAAAGGGUAACAUUUACCUUGCUGGUCAAAAUAUACAAGAUGUGAGCCUGGAAAGCCUUCGGAGGGCAGUGGGAGUAGUACCUCAGGAUUCUGUCCUCUUCCAUAAUACCAUUUACUACAACCUCUUAUAUGGAAACAUCAAUGCUUCACCAGAGGAAGUGUAUGCAGUGGCAAAGUUAGCUGGACUGCAUGAUGCAAUUCUUCGAAUGCCACAUGGAUAUGACACCCAAGUAGGGGAACGAGGACUCAAGCUUUCAGGAGGAGAAAAGCAAAGAGUAGCAAUUGCAAGAGCCAUUUUGAAGGACCCCCCUGUUAUUCUCUAUGAUGAAGCCACUUCAUCAUUAGAUUCAAUUACUGAAGAGACUAUUCUUAGUGCCAUGAGGGAUGCAGUCAAACACAGAACUUCUAUUUUCAUUGCACACAGAUUGUCAACAGUGGUCGAUGCAGAUGAAAUCAUUGUCUUGGAACAGGGUAAAGUAGCUGAACGUGGUACCCACCAUGGUUUGCUUGCUAACCCUGGCAGUAUCUAUUCAGAAAUGUGGCAUACACAGAGUAGUCGUGUGCAGAACCAUGAAAACCCCAAAUGGGAUGCAAAGAAAGAAAAUGUAUCCAAAGAAGAGGAAAGGAAGAAAUUACAAGAAGAAAUUGUCAACAGUGUGAAAGGCUGUGGAAACUGUUCCUGCUAAGUCAUAUGAAACAUUUUUCUAUUCUUCCUUUCUUCCAUCCCUCCUUUCUUUUUCCUUGACUACCCAUUUGCACUGAAGCAGAAUUGUUUUAUUAAAAAAUCAUACAUUCCCAUUUUAUAUAAUCCUUCUUUUAGAUAAGAUUUAUUUGAAAAGGGAAUUGAGGUUUACAUCUUUCACAAUCUAAUAUGGUGUAUGUAUUUAUCCCCAAAUUAUUUUCUUGUAAUUGCCUUAGUUGUGAUAAAGCAUAAUUUUUGUUACCAUUUGACUUUACCCCUUUUCAAUUUUUGAAGGCUAAUAGCUAUUUGAUAUCUAACCAGAUGAAUCAGAUUGCUUUCCAGUUUUUUUGUAGUUUUUCAAACCUCCUUUAUGCUGACAAUUUAGAUGGAAAGUGUCUACUUCUUAAAAUUAAAAAAAAAAGGCAAUAUAGGUUCAUUGUUUUUACUCCCCUUCCUCUAUUCAAAUACUUCAGUGAUAGAUACUUAAUAUAUUUUAAGUUAUUUGCCACACAACCUUUAGUAGGAAAAUCCUUGAUUCUCAUGUUGGUGUGAAGAGUGUUCUUCAUCAUUAGCCAGCAUUAUAACUGUCAUCUAGUGGUGGAAAUUUCAUUUUUCCACCAAAUGAGGUGUUGCUUUUGUUGUUUUGGACCAAAACUUAUACAUUUCUCUUUAAAGCACAAACUCUGAUGUAAUUUGAGAGUUGCCAUACUGGGAGUGAUCUAAAAAGCAUAGGAAGUUAAUUGCCUUUUCUAUUUCCAUCUUAAAUGCACACUGCUUUUGCUAUCUAAAGUUACACAAAGAAACAGCUAAAUGGAGAGUGUGUGUGCAUGCAUGUGUGUGUCUGUACAUACUCACAUAUACGCAUAAAGCAACAUCUACUUAGAAUUAUUAAUGACCUUUAGGCAAAUAGGAGAAGAUUGCAUAUAUAUUUAGAUGAUCAGGACUCUAAUCUGUGUUGACACUUUAGAAUUACUUUAUUACAAGGUCUUCUUUUCCUUUUUCAGUAGUUAGAGUUUCUUUAAGCUCGAAAUAACAAGGAGGAGCCCAAAUAAAAUAAUCAGAUUUUACCAGCUAGAAAUAAUUAAUAAAAUGUUGCUAUGUAUACACUUAGAAAGCUCCUCUCCUUUCCAACUUGAAGUUGCUUUAAUUUGCUUGGUAGUAAUUAUUCAACUUGAAAAACUUGUGUAUCUCAUGAGCGACCACAUAACUGUAUAUAAUGAGGUUUUAUAUCCUAAAAAAAAGUCUUAAAUAUUUAUUUUA